UCUCUAUACGAUCUCGGAGUACAUCAAUACAGCCACUCGUUGUACCCAAACCAGGGCUCCCGAACCGGACAAAGGUAUUUUCGAUGUCAAAAGUGUCUGAAUAAGUACACAACACCGGCAGCAUUGGAGCACCAUUUGGCCACUUCGACACAUCACUAUCCGUGUCAGAACUGCACUAAAGUGUUUCCCUGUGAGCGCUAUUUAAGGCGCCAUUUACUCACUCACGGAUCAGGUCUUCAUGUUUGUCAAUACUGUGAAAAGACGUUCAAAACCGCCAAUUAUUUAAAAGUCCAUUUAGUCAUACACACCGGAGAAAAGCCUUUUGCGUGCAAUCUAUGCGACGCUGCGUUCAAUCGAAGGGAUAAACUAAAGCGGCAUAAACUGGUUCACGACCCCAUCAAACGAUUCAAGUGUCCCUUCAAAGCACAUACCGGUUGUCCCAAAGAAUUCAAUAGACCCGACAAACUGAAGGCACAUAUUCUAACUCACAGUGGAAUCAAACCGCAUCAGUGUAAUGUAUGUCUUCGUUCGUUCUCACGUCGAGCCCAUCUGCGAGAGCACCAAAAAGGACACGAAAGCACUCAAAGCGUUGAGAUCACGGCCACUACGACCACCACAACCGUCGUUCCCAAUACUAUUCUCAAUAAGACUGAUUUCAUAACACUCUUUGAUUGUCAAAACUGU